AUGGAGCAUACCUAUGUGACGAGUGCUCUUUCUUGGAAUGAAUUCAAAAGGCUAUUUGAAGCAGAAUACCGGUCGGCGGACAUGUUAUCUGUGAAGACUCAAGAGUUCACGGAAUUGAAGAAGGGUAAUAUGACUGUUAGAGAGUAUGCUAUAAUGUUCAACUCCUUAGCCUGUUUUGCUCCUACUAGGGUGAGUACUCAGCAGUGCUGGUUAGAGAGAUUUGUUAAUGGAUUACAUCAAAAAAUUGCCCAGAUUAUUAUAGCGGGUGGUCAGCCUCCCCAGACUUAUAGUGAGGCCCGGGAACGGGCAUUAAGAGCAGAGAUUUAUGUAAAUAAGGAGAGGCGGAUGAAGAACCCCAAGUUGGUGAUUGGUAGUUCUAGUUCGGGCAAGACAGCAGUUCAGAAAGUCGAAGUAGGGAAAUCCACACAAGUCUCGGAGGACAAAGGUAAAAGAAAGUUUUAG